UCUAAAUAAGUAAAUGAAAUGAUAAAAUCUGAGACGCUGAAUCCAAAAUGUAUGAAUGUAUGAGACAAACAAUUUUUUACGCAUGCACGUCGCUUGUAAUUUGCAGGCUCUUUUGGCACGGAUCCACAUGGACAUCUAAUCAUCUAAUUGUUCUAGCAGGUUCGCAUCCAUCCAACGCAAUGCGAGCGAUGUAAGAACAAAAUAUCACGCUGACGGCACAAGCCUGGUCAGGCACGUAGCUCGGCAAUAAUGUGGCUCUGCCAGCUUUGUCCUUCAACUUUUGACACCAGAAGCUACCUGGAUGAUAAAAGCUAUUAUAGCCGGCCUGUGCCAGUUUCACCCCCUGUUGGAUCGUUUUUCAGGGAAUCAGUCCUGAGGAUUGGAGAAGCCUCUGAUGGCAGUAGAUCAUGCUGGACACUGAUUUGCUGAUUCACAAUGUUGACGAGGCUUUUCAGUGAUCCUUCGUUGCUUCCCGACGUGCAAAAAUACUCCGCCUGGGCGGAAGACAGCGAUGGAGAGGACCACAAAAUCAAAGACGAGGACCAGGACGCGCAGGACGACAUGGAGGCAUCUGACCUGAGGGGAGGCAGUCGGACGCACUCGGAGCACGCCGGGGACGACGACGAGGACGACGACGUGGAAGAAGACGAGGACGGUGAGGAUACUGAGGGUGACAGGCCCAAGAAAAGGGGCCCCAAAAAGCGCAAAAUGACCCAGGCUCGAAUCGAGCGCUCCAAGCUGCGGAGGAUAAAGGCCAACGCCAGAGAGCGGACCCGGAUGCACGAUCUGAACUCUGCGCUUGACAAUCUGCGUAAAGUUGUGCCCUGCUACUCCAAAACGCAAAAACUGUCCAAAAUCGAGACGCUGCGAUUGGCAAAAAACUAUAUCUGGGCCUUGUCGGAGAUACUGCGCUCUGGGAAGAGGCCUGAUCUUGUUUCCUACGUCCAGACGCUGUGCAAGGGUCUCUCCCAGCCCACUACCAACCUGGUGGCUGGAUGCCUGCAGCUGAACUCCCGCAACUUCCUCACUGAGCAGCAGUGUCAGGACGGGGGCAGGUACGGCUCCGGCUCCUUCUCCAUGCACUCCUACCCGUACCAGUGCGCGCGUCUGUCCAGCCCCCACUGCCAGCCGGGCUCGAACUCGCAUCCGCUGAGGACGCACGGUUAUUGCUCGGCGUACGACUCCCUGUACGGUGGGAGCGGGUCACCGGAGUACAACAGCCCCGAGUACGAGGGCCCUCUCAGUCCGCCCCUGUGCAUCAACGGCAACUUUUCCCUCAAGCACCAAGGCUCUGCGUCCCCGGAGAACGAGAAGGGGUACCACUACUCUAUGCAUUACUCUGGCCUGCCUGGCUCCAGACCGGCAGGGGCCCACAAUCUGGUGUUUGGCUCCUCGGGGGCCCGGAGCGGCAUUCACUCUGAAAACGUCCUGCCUUACCAUGACAUGCACUUACACCACGAGCGGGCCCCCGUCUAUGAUGAACUGAACGCGUUUUUUCACAAUUGAAAAGUGAAGCCCAUCGUGCAUCCUCUUGUUGUCAAAAUCACCCACGGCACACUUUCGGACAAUAAGCCCACCAGGAUCCGGACAGUAUCCUGGACAUAAUAUUAUUAUUAAUAAUAAUAAUAAUAAUAAUAAUAAUAAUAAUAAUAAUAAUAAUAAAUCCUCUCACUCAUUGUUUUCAUUGGUGUUUUUUCUUUCUUUACCUGUCAACAUCCAGUCUGUUUUUGUUAUAGUCAGGGAUGUAGUGGAAGGAAACCUUAACUACAAUCUCAUUUUGCGCAAUAAAAGCUUCCCAUCCCUUGAAAGUGACAUGCAUUUCAAGAGGACUUCAUAAACAAACCACAUAAGAAGACAACAAACGGAUUUGAAAUAAUAUUUAUCAUGUGUGAUUUGUGUUUGUAGUGGUGAUUGUUUGCAUUUUGGUGGAAGGACGUCCUACUACACCUCCUCACAUUUUUUCCCCUCCCUAAGUACCACUACAUCGCUGGCUAUACAGCAACACUCACCUAAAAGUGGUGGUUAUGUUAUAAAGGAACAAUAAAAAAAUGUAAAAAAAUCACCUGCAAGGGACGAAAU